AAAUAUCGCCAUGUUGGUGAAGAGCGCGGCUGUAAUUACUGCUAGCGAGGGCAUCUCCCAGUUAGGACCGCAGCUAGGAAUGUUUUCCGGCUCACUCUCCCCCCGCCUCCCCUUCCUUUCCGAUACACCCCGAGAGUCCCCAGGGCAGCGCGGCCGAGGCAGCCCCGCCGCGAAGGGCAGUGACAUCCGCACUCGGCUCUCCCGCAGCCCCGAGCCGGCGGGUUCCACGGGGACCGGGCGCUCCGCAGCCGACAGCCCUCACCGCCCCGCUCCGUCCCCCUCGGGGAGAGCAGGGGGCAGGGCAAGCCCACAGGGAGCUCGCUCGCUAAACUGCCCUCAGCAAGCAAUAGGUUAAAAGCAGGAGGGAGGAGUAGGGGAGAAGGAGAGAAAGAGAACGAGAAAACCUAGCCUGACUUUGCCUCUUAGAAAGCUUUAGGUUGCAGCCCAGCCUUCCAAGCAUUCUUUAAACUAGAAAUGUGGGAGGGACUCCAGGAGAGAGAGAGAGAGAUGGCUAUCAACUGAAUUCAUUACUGUAAACAUCUCCCUGGGGUGUCAGGCAGGGAGGGAAAAAAGGCACGACUUACACUAGCAGGGAAUAGUCAGAUCUGAGACAUCAUUACUGCUAAGAUCAGCCCGCAAUCCCGGCUGAAGGCAGGCGCAGGACUUGGAGAGAGCCAGACGCACGCACUCAACACAUAUAUUCAAAUACACGUCCGAUGCCUUUUCCCAAUUCCAAGGGUCCUCGGUCUCCGUGCUUGCUCCUCAUGUGAUCCUUUCAUCGCUUCCAGAGGACAGAGAGAGGAAAAAAGAAAGCACUCCCCAAAACCAGGCGUAUCCGCGAUCCUUUCUGGUUUAUUUUUUUUUUACCGGAGAAGGAGGAGCGGCUGGGGGAAGAGCGAGUGACUCGAGGAGAGAAAGCGCGCCGGGGAUGCCAGAGCCGCGGGCUGCGCGCCGGAGGAGGAGGUGGCGGAGGAGCGAGAAGGACGAUGCCGCUGCCUCCUAAGGGUCUCUCCGGAGCGGCGGAGGGCGGCGGCCGGCACCGAGGAGCGGCGGAAAAGUUUUGUUGGGGGGGGUCCGAGGGGGAUUAUAAUCGGUUGCCGGCGAGGGAUUCCCAGACACCGCCAGGCAGGCCAGAUCUGGCAGAUAGCUGAUAUGAAGACUUUGCUGACUUCAGAAAGCUGAGCGUAACACCAACAGACUUCAGUGAGAGGAAAUUUUAUUCUUCCAAGCAACUCAAAAGCAGAUGACUUUUGGUGGCUUUAAAUUAACCUGUUGUUUACCUGUAAAGACGUGGUUAUUGUUUCUUUCAGCACACAUGGAGGAAGGCAACAAACUUUGUAACCCUGGCUAAUAAGACUGUGGCUUUCUUAUCAAAAGUAGGAGGUAUACCAAUUAUAAAAGGAAUAUUUUAUACUUAGCCUCCAGGACUUUAACUCUGGACAUAAUUAGAAGCCGAUUUUAAUGCCCUGAGAUUUUGCUACCUGUGCUUUAUUAUUGUUAUCAGUUCUUUAACACUUUGAUACUAUAUUUCUUUAAAUUAGAAAUGGGUUCAUGGACUAGAAUGAGGCCCACAGACUGGGCUGUUCUCAUGAAAUCAUGGCUUAUCUUUUCCCUGGGGCUCUAUAUGCAGGUCUCCAAAACUUCAGCCUGCCCAAAAGUGUGCCGCUGUGAUCGAAACUUUGUCUACUGUAAUGAGCGAAGCUUGACCUCAGUGCCUCUUGGAAUACCAGAGGGUGUAACCGUCCUCUACCUCCAUAAUAACCAAAUUAAUAAUGCUGGAUUUCCUGCAGAGUUGCACAAUGUCCAGUCUGUGCACACAGUCUACCUGUAUGGCAACCAGUUGGAUGAAUUCCCCAUGAAUCUGCCCAAGAAUGUCAGAGUUCUCCACCUGCAGGAAAACAACAUUCAGACCAUUUCUCGGGCUGCCCUAGCUCAGCUUUUGAAGCUGGAAGAGCUACACCUGGAUGACAACUCCAUCUCCACUGUUGGUGUUGAGGAUGGAGCAUUUCGGGAAGCCAUCAGCCUCAAGCUUCUGUUCUUGUCCAAGAAUCACUUAAGCAGCGUACCAGUAGGCCUUCCGGUGGACUUACAAGAACUUCGAGUAGAUGAAAACCGAAUUGCUGUCAUUUCAGACCUGGCCUUCCAGAAUCUUACAAGUCUGGAGCGUCUGAUUGUAGAUGGCAAUCUCCUUACUAAUAAAGGCAUAGCUGAAGGCACUUUCAGCCACCUCUCCAAGCUCAAGGAAUUCUCAAUAGUACGGAAUUCACUGACCUACCCUCCUCCUGAUCUUCCAGGUACACAUCUAUUAAGGCUAUACUUGCAGGACAACCAGAUAACCCAUAUACCACUUACAGCCUUUUCAAACCUCCACAAGCUCGAACGUCUUGAUAUUUCCAACAAUCAACUUCGGAUGUUGGUAAAGGGAGUAUUUGAUAAUCUCCACAACCUGAGACAACUCACUGUAAGGAAUAAUCCCUGGUUGUGUGACUGUAGUAUUAAGUGGGUCACCGAAUGGCUCAAAUUUAUUCCCACUUCCAUAAAUGUACGGGGUUUUAUGUGCCAAGGACCAGAGCAGGUCCGAGGUAUGGCAGUCAGGGAGCUCAAUAUGAAUAUGCUGUCAUGCCCCACCACCACCCCUGGUGUGCCAUUUAUCAUCACCCCAGUCGCAGCUACAGCCAUGCCAACUACAUUAGUUUCCACCUCAUCGGUUGCUCCCCCAAGUAGCAAAUACAAUCCUCUCACUCCCACUAUAGCCACACUUCCCACUGUGCCUGAAAGGGAGGACAGAGAAAGGGUGACACCUCCUUUAUCUGAACGAAUUCAACUCUCCAUCCAUUUUGUGAAUGACACUUGCAUCCAAGUUAACUGGAUGUCUUCUUUUAGCGUGAUGGCGUAUAAACUCACUUGGGUUAAAAUGGGCCAUAGCCUGGUAGGAGGAAUUGUUCAGGAACAAGUAGUUAGUGGUGAGAAGCAACACUUAAGCUUGGUAAAUCUUGAGCCCAAAUCCACCUAUCGGAUUUGUUUGGUGCCACUGGAUACUUACAAUUACCGAACUGGAGAAGACACUGUCUGUUCAGAAGCCACAACCAAGGCUUCCUUUUUGAGCAAUGGCAGCAACAUCCCCUCUAGCCAUGAACAGACGACUUCUCAAAACCUGGGCUCCCCAUUUCUGCUGGCAGGGUUGAUUGGGGGUGCAGUGAUAUUUGUCCUUGUGGUCCUGCUCAGCAUUUUUUGCUGGCACAUGCACAAAAAAGGGCGUUACACCUCCCAGAAGUGGAAAUAUAACCGAGGCCGUCGGAAAGAUGACUACUGUGAGGCAGGGACAAAGAAGGACAACUCCAUCCUGGAGAUGACUGAAACCAGCUUCCAGAUUGUCUCCUUAAAUAACGAUCAACUCCUUAAAGGAGAUUUCAGACUGCAGCCCAUUUAUACCCCAAACGGGGGCAUUAACUACACAGACUGCCACAUCCCCAACAACAUGCGAUACUGCAACAGCAAUGUCUCAGACCUGGAGCACUGUCAUACGUGAUAGUGGGGGGAAAUGGGGGUGCUGGGACAAACCGAAAAAACUCUGGAAAAAAUAACCCCCCAACAACAAUGAAAAAAUUACAUUUGAUAAAUGUUACACAGAUGCAUUUAUGCAUUUGAAUACUCUGUAAUUUAUACGGUGUACUAUAUAAUGGGAUUUAAAAAAAAGUGCUAUCUUUUCUAUUUCAAGUUAAUUGCAAAUGGUUUUGUAACUCUUUGCUUUUUAAAAUCUUUAAAAAGUAUUGCUAAGUACUGUACAGGGUUGUACAAUAAGAACCCAAUGUCAUGGCAAAGGAAAGAAUGCCUCAUUCUUCAAACAUUAACCACUUUGCUGUCGAAGCUGUCUGAGGGAUGUUAAGUUUCUAGGUGUCCUGUAGUAUGGAAAUAUGAGUAAGUGCAUACUAAACCAGGGUCACUAGGAACGGAUAGACCCAUCCAGAUAAAAAUGGGUACAACCCUUCUGACUUAAACCUGUCAGUUGCUAUCAAGUUUCAAACAACUAGAAAUACCUAUUUUCCUGCUUUGUCAGUUCUGCUUUUCCUACCUCCAACUGAAAACUGGAGUUCUGAGUGCUACCAAAAAAAUUUACUUUCUUGAUAGAUUAGUUUUCUCUCAAUAUACUUGGGAUAGGAGAGGUAGACAGAGCUCAGUGUCAAACUCAAAGUGACCUUGAUUCCUAAUUGGAAAAACUACUAUGAAAAUGUCCCCAAAUACUAUAUACUUUUAUGAUAGAAACUGUUCGUGGUUAUCAUUAUGAUUAAGAAGCUUUAGGCAUUCUCUGACCCUUCUCAGUGGGAGAUGAAGGUUAUCAGUAUGUAACAGAUAGCUGUCAUUAAGUUGCACCUUUGUUUAAUAGAGCAGCAUUUGUUGACACAGCAUGUUCAGGUAAAACUUGAAUGAGGGAAAUACUGAAUGCUCCCAGCUCUGCAGUACUGAAGUAGAAUUUGGAAUCUAAAAAUUUAAAUUGCUGAAAACAUUGUGUAAAAUAUGAUGCCAAUAGAAAGGUUGCUGUUGGCUUUUAUUGUUCAAGCUCUGUUUGAUUUUGGGGUCUGAGUUAUUUUCAGUAUGGAGAAGUAGGAAAAAAAAAAACACACAAAAACCAGAAAGCAAAUAAGAAAAAUAUUUUCAAAAAUUAAUUUUUAUUGGAAAGAUCUCCAGGCCUGAUAUAAACUGAAAUAUGGUCAGCAGGGGAAACUGCAUAUAAAUCCUGGUUCUUUGGGGUUUAGGAUUUUUUUCCCCAUUCAAGGAAGCAGAAAUGCACAUUAACUAAUCAUCUGUUUAGCUGAGGAAUUUUGAGACAGAUACUUUGGUCCUCUAAAUUAUUGUUCCUUCAUCUCAAGCUUUUGGAAGUUUUCUGAAGUGAUCUGUGCUUUCUAAGCAGCAGGUGAGCUUAGAAUUUGCUUUUUUAUUCCCUCAAAUUGUUUAGAUGGAAUAUCUUCUGAGUCUUUGAGCUUUACAUGCACUAUGCGAAACAUCAUGCUUGUAUAAAAACCAUGAUGCUGCUCUCAAAAUUAUAGAAUGUUCCAGCCACUCCAUUGAUUCUGUGACUGCCAGGAACUCAGGAUUUCUUGCCAGCUCAAUGAUGGAAUCCAAUUCUUCCUUUCUUUUUUGGUGUUGUUUUUUUUGUUUGUUUGUUUGUUUUUGGGGUUUUUUUGUUUUGUUUUUUUUUUAAUACAGCUCACUUUGUCCUGAGCUUGCGAACAAGAAAAUGUUCACAACGAAGAGGAAAAGAAAAGGGAGACAAAACUUUCCUGAGAGACUAGGGAACCAAAGAGAAAACUUUUUGCAGUAGCCAGCUAGGGUCAAGGAGAAGUUGUUAGAAGUGGACUGGAGAUAACAACUGAAGCACUUUCACUGUGAAAUGCUUAUACUUUUCUCUUCAUGAGGCUACUUAAGUUGGGAGAGAGGUUUUUAAUCCUUUCCUUUGUUCAUUUCACUCAACCUGUUCUUGACGCGCAGCAGCCUGUGAGCGUGCAGUUUCUGAAAUUCAAAUCAAAUGAUAACACUCAUUUUCUGCAAUGGCAAAAUGAAUCUAAUUAUGAUUGAUGGCAAAGUACAAUCACUAUAUAAGAAACUGCAUCGUCCCCCAACACCUUUUAUAAUUACAUUUUGAAAUUCCACUCUAUAUUCUGUAUAUUUGCUAUUAUGUCCAGCUAUAACAGUUAUUUUAGGCAGCCUAUGUGGCUACUGUAAUAGUAAAGUCACUGAAAUUUUGCUGAAUAAAAGGUUGCCGUAUGAUUUCAAAUGUUGUCAUUCUAGGUAGAAACGUCUAUGCAAAGUGUUUUUUUCUGUGACCUAUUUACUGAAGAUUAUGAUGAGAAGAUACUUUUGGUUUGCUUGUUUAAUAUGUUUUACGUGCCAGAGCCCACAAGACAAACAGCAAAUAGUUGUGCUUCUGCACGCUCCCAUUGCAUGCUGGAGUUUGAAAUUAAGUAAAGCCAGACAUCCCCAUUGGGUGUGGAUGUAGUAUUUAAUUUCACUGAAAUAACUAGCUGUACGUUUGAUUUCAAAAGGUGUCCUUUAAAAGUACACACUUACUAGAAUUUCAUACUUCAGUGACUGACGCUGGAGGAAUCUUUGUCCUCUGUGAUGAACAUUUUCAGUUCUAUGCCUCAGGAUACCAUACUUUCAAGAUGAGCUAGGCACCUUAUUUGUAGCAAAUUACUUAUUCAGGGAGUUCAGCUGUACUGCAGGUGGAUGAUCCAUAAGACCGAAAUGAUGACAACAAAUGUGGCUACUCUCCUACUAGGGUGAAAAGAGAAGGCAUUCACAAACUGUUCAUUUGUAUCUUGGAUGAUGAACUAUAUAUAUCUGUGGACUAUUGCUCACCUAGAUCAAAAAUCAAAAUUAUGUUAAAGAUAGCAUACUUUAUGUUUCUUUUCAGUAUGAAGAAAAAUAUAAUAUUGGCAUUGGAUACUGACAAACUUUUCUAUAAAUACUCUUCCGACAAAAAGUAGCAAGUCACACGUAACAAAAUUUGGGGAGAGAGCUGAGAGUAUUAUCUAAACAAACUCACAGUUGUAGUGAAGUGCAAGUUGAUAUCGUUCAUUUGAAGAAAGUUUCUCCCAAUUCUUAUUGCUAUUCAGCUUUGAAAGAGUUGAUGUAUUUCUAUCUACAAAAGGGUUUGGCACUUUUCUAAGUGCCAGUCUAACAAACAGCUGCAACUUCAUUUCAUGUCACAUCUAGAUAGGUACAUGAUGGACAAUUUCCCUCUAGGUAAAGUAUUUGGAAAAAGAGGUAAAAAUGGACAAUAUUCUUUUGGCAAUGUAGAGGCUUUUUUUCAACAUUAGAGGCUUUUUCCUUGAGCUUCAUAAAAAUGAUCAUCUUCACUUAGCUCAAAUAUCAAACCACAGAUACUAACUUAAGACUAAAGAGCAGAAAUCCCAAAUGUGUGCAUAUAAAACUCGUGCAAUGUUCACUUCCAGGUUCUGAUUUCAACAGGUUCAUUGGACCUGGGGGCAGAUGAAUGGCUUAUAGACAAUAUCUCUGCUAAUAGCUGGCAUAAAUGUACAGAAAAGUUUGAUGAGUGGAAUAAAAUCAAAGUUUAAACAAAAUUAUAUUAAAGCAGUAUCACAGUACUGCUGUGCCCAGUGCUUGGGUUCUGAAGUCUUUAUUUCUUUACAAACAGGUCCUUGUUUUCACAGAUUCUGUCACUAUAACAAGUAUCUCUUGCAUAUAGUUUGCUGGCAGAAACAGAUGCCUGAUGAAUGCAUGAACUUUGUGUUAAGAAGCUUUUAUUUGAAACAUUAUCAUUGAAUUUCUUCACAAAAAUACUUAGGGACUGGGUUACUUCGGACUGAAAAUAUACUAGCGUUUUUCCCUGUAAGCCAAUUAAGGACUAUAGUGAAUGUCACGUAAAGCAUAAAGAUGAAGUAGCAUAUGCUGUUUGCUACUUGAGUAAUUUAGUUGUUUUUUUCUUUCAAUCAUUUUCUCUUUUCUUGAGGGAAAAUUCUCUCCCUCUUCGAAAUGUAUUGAUUUUUAUUUUGCAAGAAAAAGAACUUUAUGCAUAAUGUAUUGUUGUUAUGGUUUUAAGGGUCUAUGUAAGGCACUUUAUUAAUGACAUUGAAGUGAAAGUUCAGUCUAACCUUUGACAGUGAAGUGGUUAAUUCCCAUUGAAUCUUCCAUUUAUAGUACUUCUUCACCUUAAAUUAUAACAUGGAGAUUAUUAAAGUUUUUUAUUUAGAACAUGAGAAUAAUGGUUUCACUCAUGACUUAUCUUUCUAGCUCAGUGGAAAAACAAAAGAGAAAUGGGUGCCAAAACCAAAAGUUACUGGCUCUGAGCCUCAUCAAAUCCUGUCUGAUGCUCUCUUCUAAUCACAGAGAUAAUCCUAGGAAGCUGAUGAUCACUCCUUCCCUGAACUAUACUGAACAGGGCACUUUUGUAUCCCAGGUAAUACUACAGGCAAUACUGAAGCAUUUGGAAGUAAACUUUUGUAUAACAGAGAGUGUCUUGCUCUUUAAAAUGACAUUGGCUGGUUGUCCCUUUGGAAAACUAGUACGAAAGAGAUUUGGCAGGCUUUUAUUGUACUGGGGCUCUGUGGAUAUGUGCCUCGUGAGAGCUGAAUUCUGAUCCUCUCAGAAACAGACAAGCUACUAAACAAAUUGUUAUCAUCACUUGGUCCCAAAUGUCUGAAGAUGAUCUUUCAUAAAAUUGAUUUUACCUGAGAAAUGCACACUUGGUUCUGUUCUGUGUUUGGUAUACUUUCUGUCUUUAACAUGGAAAAAUAGAUGGUUUGAAGUCUGCAUUAUCUGUUUUCUGCAAUCUGCCAUGUUGCACGCAUUGUUAACUUGAAAACCUCACUAUACACUAUAUAUUAUCUUGUUGGCAUAUUCAGUAAAGAGUUAUUUAAAAAAAUACAAUAAUCCUGCUGUAUUUAUAUGAGCAAGUAAAUUAAAAUAAGGAUAUGAAUAUCUGAAAGGGAAAACAGAAAAAAACCAAAAAUAUAAGUCUUCUGUACUUUCAUUCCUGGAAAUAUUUUCAAAUGUUCUACUGUAUGUCAGCCCUUUCUUCAGAUUCUAAAAGACAAAGAUUUUCAUUUUCUGUCUCUCAAAGAGUUAAGCCAUUUGUUACUUCAAUUUCUCAGAUUAAAUCUUAUCUUUAUAAGAUUAUCUCAUUCUGAUGUACGUAUAGGAAAGCACUGUAAAGCAAGAACAAAUUGUAUUUCAGUGUUUGCAAUUAAUAGGUACACUUAAGCAGCUACACACGUCUGUAACAAAUAUAUAUAUGGAAGCUGUGACCCAUUAUAUGCAUAGUCACUUGGUAAAUGCAUUUGACAUUGAUCCCUGACAAUCUUAAAUCUGCCUGUUACCUAUCAUUAUCUAUUUAAUGCUUCCUUAAUGAAGUGUGAUUUUAUUCCAAUUCUCUCUUAAAAUUGUUCUUGAAUUUUCAGAAUGCACAACAUUCAGACAUAGGCCUUAAUAAAUUUUUUGUAUAUCUUUUGCCUAAAAUAUAUGGUAAUAUAUACAGCAUGUAUAAAGAGAUGCUUCGGCUACUUAGAAAUGGGGAGUACUCCUCUUCUAGUUACAUAUAUAAAAACUAAUUCUUGCUUUGCCAGAACCUCAAAUAUGGAGUGCUACAACCUGUGUCACUGCAAAGCUCUGAAGUUAAUAUUGCCUAGUGUCACAAUUCCUCUAUAAAUUAUUUUAUUCUCUAUCUUAACACUGAAUAUCAAGUAAAAUUCUCCAGAGCUGAUGUUUCUUCUGAUCCAUAUUAGACCCUGGAAAUUAACUUCUUGCCUUACCACAGGAAUGUGGACAAUAGAGGUAAAGUAAAUUAUAAACUCUUGGGAUCACUUAUGUUCUUCUGGCAAAAAUAAUGGCAUCAUCUAUUUCAAUCUGCAAUUUUGUUUUCUCUCUCUCAAAAGAAGUUGACAGACACUGACGACUUCAUCAGUAACCUUUUAAUAACCCAAAAUUAUUAGUUUUAGAAGCGAUCAAUCUUUAUAUUUACCUUUUAUAGUUCAAAGCUCUGUAAUCUGGAGCAGUUCACAGAUGUGUGUGUCUAUAAAUUCCUGGGGUAGUGUAUGGAGGGCUUAGCUACAAGGAAGAGUAGCGGUGAAAUAGACUUGACAGAAAAUGAGGGGAGAGAGAGUCAUGUGAGGUAUGGAUGUUUAAAACCACAAACAGGUUGCUGAGCAUAGCAAGAACAUUCUUUUACGCAUAAAUACACACAUUUUCUACUUACAGCUCCAUAUUGGGGCUAACACGUGACUGCAAAAAUUCAUGUAUGAAUACUAAGAGCUUAUAGUAUAGUUAGAUUUGAGUUAGGACAUCUUACACAGCAUAAGAAGAAUCUUGACUCUGUUUUCUGCACUGGGUCUAUUACAUACCUUCCUCUGUACAGAAAGGAUUCAUAUACAGAAGGAAAUAAUGAAGAACUAAAAUCAUUCUGAUUACACUGCCCUGGUUUUUUAAGUGUAGACUGCCUUGAAGAAUGAAGACACUUUAUAAACCAUUGCGGAAAAUCCAACUCAAAAUACACACAGGUGUUUACAACUUCAACAUGCUCUGUACAAAAGCAAGAGUUCUGUGUGAUGGAUAAUAGAGUGCUAAGCUGAACACAAUCAUUCUUGAAAAGCACAGUUGCCAGAAAGGUUCUGUUAAAAUGUUGUAUUUCUUGAGUGAAAUCACUAUUUCCGCUCCUAUAGACUAUAGGUCAUCACACAGAUAAAUAAAAUUCUUUGUGAUGAGCUUGGAACAGUAUGUCUGAAUAUGAAGUGCUGUAGUUUUUGUACUUUGAAACUUCCUGUUUGUGAUGAAGAGAAGCAGAUUUUGUUCUUGAAGAUUAAAUACAACAAUAAUGAUGCAUAGAAUGUAGAGAUACUCUUUUACUGCCAUGUCAUGGACAUGAAAAAGGACACAUACAUAUGCUCUAUACAUAUACAAUUGUGGCAUAAUUUUAAAUGCUCUUUACAAUUUUCAGACUUUCAACUGAGAUCCUAUUUUAACACAUAUGCCAUAUGCAAAAACAUUUAAAUCCUCAGAAAUGACUGCAGUCCCAUUCAAUUAGUAGAAUCAAGAAAAUAUGAUGAAAUGAGUACACAAGAAAGUGCACAUUACUUUCUCAAACCUUUAGCUGUGUUGAAAGAGAGAGAAAGAAAGAGAGAAAAAUAAAGCCCACUGUUAAACCAGAAUAGAUUUUUAUUUCUGUUUAGAUAACAAGUCCUUCCAAAUUUGUAAGACACUCGCUUGAAUGUUAGACUUUGGUUCGACUUGAAAGUCAAAUAAUUUAAAUGACAGUGUUGUACGCCUCACCUCCCACAGCUUCACAAACAGGUUUCUGCAUUCACAGUUCAGGAAUCGAUAUGUAACUCAUUGCUCUCUGACUUACAAUGUGGAUGUCAGGAAUUUCUCCUCAUUAAAGAAACAUGUUAAGAAAAUUUGAGAAUUGCUGUAAAGUACUGCUGUGUAUGUUAAUAUGAACAGUUUAUUUUAUUCAAGAAGGGCACUACCAUGUCUUAUUAAGUGAGAACUGGUUGGACUCGAUGAUCCAGUGGGUCCUUUCCAACCUGGUGAUUCUAUGAUUCUAUGAACUGCAGAAGCAAGGCACGCACAUUAAUUCUAUGUCCUUGUCAAGAAAACUUUUCUCAUGAGCAGUAGACACUACUCCUAAGUGACAAACAGCUGUAUAACUUGUCAGGUAUAUAUGACUUAUGAAAAAAAAAAAAAAGGGAGAGGGAAAUUGGGAAAGGGGAGAUAUUCCAAAUGAUUAUAGUUAUUCUAACAGUAUACAGUUGAGUAUUAUAAGCAAUUAAAAAAAAAUCUCAUAAAAUAUUGAAGGUUAUCAUAUUAAAUGUUCCUGGCAAGCAUAUACUGUAUUCCCUUUCACAAGAAAUGAGUUUUGGGAGCUUUUUACUCACAUCUGCAUUGCAGGUUAGUUUUGAAGUCAAUAUUCGAUUUUUUUUUCCUGAUUACAGUGAGUAGCAUCAGGUUAAGGUUCAUGGCAUUUUCAGAUCUAAUUGGCCAUGAUUUUCACUUGGGAGUCUGUCUAUGCAUUGAUUUACUUUGUCAUUUAUAAAAAGUUUGAGAUACAGCCUAUUUCAUGUAUAAAACUUUCCUUCACAACAAACUUGUAGUUAACUCUAUUUCUACACUCUUCUGCUUUGGUUUUGGUUUUCCUUAUAAUUUAACAUUAUAAAGAAGUGAAUUAUUUUCUGCUACGAUUAUAGCAGUGGUAAGACUGUGUCUUCUUUUUAACAGAAGGCAAAAUUUAAAAGUACCGUGUUAAGAAAGAAAUUAUCUUAAAGAGUUUUGCUAUAAAUUUUAUGUUGAAUUAAUUAUUUUUCAACAUUUAUUUACAAUAGUUAUAGUAGGAAGUUGAGUUGGCAUCAUGUUAAACAAAGGUGAGUUUCUGACAGGAGGCUAAGGAGUCAAGUCACAAUGUUGAGAAAUGGACACCUCUGCUUUCUCAGCAUCCCCUCAGAGAGGAUCCCAGGUGUGGCUGGAUCCGUUUUUAGCCUCAGACUUGGUUGAUGGUUUGUGACUAAAGGAUUAUAUAUGCGUGCUUAUGUGUGUUUUUGUCACAAGUCAGCAUCCCGUUACCUGUGAGAGUCUCCUUAGAGGCUGAUGUCCACAGAGUUAUGUGUGGUUGGUGGCCCAAACUGGAUGGCCAGCAGCCAUUUGCAGCAAUGCCCAGCAGAGACAGUAAGCAAUUUCAUUCAAGAGACAGAUUAAAACAAAUUCUGGAUUGCCUUGAUAAGUUCACUGCUGCGUUAGUGCUUAAACACUUAUAACCAGUUAAUAAUUAGUGCGUACAUAUAUAUAUAUGUAUGAAAAAAGUAACAAUUAAAAAAAAAAGAGUUAGUAGUUAUUUUCCUGGGGAAAAAUCUGAGUCAGAGGCUUGUAACUCUUAUGAAGACAUUUCUUUGUUGAGGGAGAGAGGUUCAAGUCCCUCAGGUAAGGUGGUCAUUUUUUUUUUCCCAAAAGAAAAGAGUUUUCAGGUAUCAGCUUUGUAACUUUUGAAAACUUUUCAUCCCCUUUUGGUGAGGUGGGGACUAAGUCAAUUAACAUGUGUUGAUUGGCCCUUGGUAAGAUCACUUGUGUCAUCAGAAGCCGGGACUUGGCCAUUUGUCACAUCUUCAAGGUGAGGAGCUCGGUACGGGUUUUUAAGGGUGUUUCUGCUCUUAACUGAAUUAACACCAGUUUGUGAAUCCUCCAUCUCAUCCCAGAUGCCCUUAGCUGAUGUGAGUGUUAAAACACCACCCAAUCUAUCUGUUUCACCAGAUGCAGUUGUCCAUUGCCAGCUUCUUCUUUUGCUGACCACUCUCUUUUGCAAAAAACCAAGCUUAUUUUGCAGAAACAAGCUCACCUUCGGCACAAUGUCAUAGAGCCUAGCCAGUCCAUACUACCGCUGGGAAGACUGGAUAAACUCAGGUUUGUGGUUAUAGGAACUUCAUGUCAAUAGGUUCUGUUUUACAGUUUUAUUUGUAUAUCUUUUAUGUAUAUGUAUUUAUUUUUUUGAGACACUCAGACAUACACAUAAGCAGAUACAUAGACAUAUGCUAUGUGUAUCUGUAUGUAUAAAUAUGAAUUGGUCUAGGUUGAGUGCCAUACUGAUCUUUUGCUCUGGAUUUAUGCGUUAUUUCAUUUCCGCUUAAGGUUCUGAAAGGGAGAAAAGAUGUAAAAUAGCAUGAAUAUUUUUUUAAGAACUGUAUUGUCAGUAUUGGUGAGAGGAUCUUUCAAUAGUGCAUAUGCUUUGGCAGCCUGUGCACUAAAACCUGAAUAAGAGAGAGAAGAUUAACACAGCUCCUGAAAGUGAGUACACACCUGAAAUACACUUUCCAAAGCGCAAAGAAAAACUGAGAGGUCAGUUUAUAGCAGAACUGUUCUGUGUGGUUGCUAAAUAAACUGUAGAUAGAGGAGAAUGUGGGAAAAGACAGCAUACAACUAAAACCUAGUAAGAAACAGAAGGGAAAAUUUCAGAUUUUUACACCAUGAUUGUUACAAUUGAUUUUUUCUGUGUCAUUUUCUUCACCAUGUCCUCUUUGUUUCCCCUGUAUUUGACAGGUUUUCCUUCUUACGUGAACUGCUUUUUAACUCACUCUUCACGUUAUGCUUUACGAAGAACCCUUUGUUAUAUGGGACUUCUGUGUAAUGCCUGAAAUGAGGGCCCCUCUCAUACAUAAGGGGAAGUAUUUGCAUAGAGCGGCCCAAAUGCACAAUGUUUGUUGCCACUGACCCUCCUCGAUUCAUUUAUGUAGCUGUUUCAAAAAGAUCUGGCUGACAUGAGCCACACAAAGAAAAUUGGCAUUCAGCAAUAGUCUUAUCUGCCUCACCAAUAGUGAGUUGGGUCUUUUCCUUUGUUCCCUGCCUUUCCACUAGCACCUGGCUGCUGACUUGAAACAUUCAAAGGCCACGGUUUGCUCCUAUGGCUCAUACACAGCUUAGGUAUUCUAACGUCAUAAUUUAAAGACAUGAAACAUCACGUGAUAUUCAAGGACUAGGAUGAGGAGCUGCAGAGCUCUGGGCCAUGACUCUGUGUCGAGACAUGUAGGUAGUAUAUAGAUAGCCUAUAAGCCAAACGCUGUGUAUUCCAUACAUGGCUCCAGCCACCUCUACUGCCUAUUUCUGAGACAGAUCUGUUGUAAAAAAAAGGUUAUUUCCUUUUUAAUUCUCUUAUUCCCAACAAUCUAUCCACCCCUUCCUGAGGUCAUAAUUUGUAAUAUUUCUCCCAGGGUGAGGAGGAAAGUUUGCAAAACAUGUCUCCACCCAUUUCUCCAGAUAAAGGGCAAGUCAUCCGUGGAAUGGUGUAAGAAUGGUCUCCCUUACUGAAUAUACACAGUUCCCUUGUGCUAACCAAGAUCCAUCCUUGUAGUACCCCCAGCUACUCUCCUUCUGCCAGAUGCAUUAACUCUGUAGUUAAAAUAACUACUUUUCAUGCUUAUACUGUAUUCCUGGAGAGUUAGAACCUCUAUGUUUUAUUUGUAGUGGUUAGUUUACAUACUUUGUUUUUGAUAGGACUCCUGACUUACUGCUCAAGAUGGAAACAAAACAGGGCAGGGUAUUAUUUCAUGCAGAGUGAACCUGAUGUUUCCUUCUUUCAAAUACCUGCCUUUGCAAUUUAAAAGGUAUUUUACAAUGGGUUUUCAGGAUCUGCUUUUAAUCUAUAAUAUUGCAUACAUGUGGCUGAAUAAAUCUCUGGUAUUCAGAAAUACAAAAGCAUAAAGAGUACAUAUUAUCCUAGGAUUUGUUAGUAAACUUCAUUUUUUUCCAGCUAGAGAUCAUCCCUGCUAGUAAAUGAAGUGACACAAGUAAUAAAGUUCCUUCUAGUUUCUGAAGUUUCUGUAACAGUCUACUCUGAGCUUCAAAGUAAUACAUGGAGCAGGGACAGAGAAAGAAUUGGGGAACUGAAAGGAAGAAAUUGUGCCAUGUAUUUUAAAUAAACAUGGGCCAAAAUUCUGUCCAGAUUUUGUGUAUAUAGAUAUAAAUGCAGUAAAUAUAAAGAUAGAAAAGUUCCUUAUCUGAGCAAUAUUCUGUCUUUGUGGGAUUUAAUUAUGACUGCUCCUUUUUUUAAGGGUCUGAUUUAACAGACCCUUCUGAUUUUUUUGCCCAGGGUGAGAAAAAACAUUCGUUACAUACAUUUUCCAACUAUUUCUUUUUUAAACUUCGAAUAGCUCCCAGUUUCUUUUUACCCUUUUCCCCCCUAAGAUACCAGUGUCUGACAAGUUGCAAUGAAUUUGGAAAGAUGCAUGGUUUUCAGUUAAAACAAAACAAAACAAAUUCUCAGCAAACAUUCCUCUACCUUGUUAUAGAAGAUAAAUUGUUUAGAAAUAAAUUUCUGCAAGCCCCAAUAAUCCAGCAAACAGAGUUUGAUCAGGAGACGAGAUUUAUCUGUGCUGGAAAAGCUGAUCUUAAUUUGAAAUUGUAGAGAAAUGCGCUGUCAAAUGAAUGCCUUCUCUGCAUUGAUUCUAAAAGUUGACACGUAUUCAUUUGGAUUUAGCUUUUGACAGCUGAUGAAGAAUGACAGAGAAAUAGCAAAUAGAAAAGUUAUGGGUAAAACACUAACAGCAUUACUCUGUUGAGUACAGAGUAUCAUAUGCCUGAAAUAACAUGAAUUUGCUUAUGUUCGAAUUUACUGCUUGCUGUAAAAUACAGUUGUAUUUUCUAAUGAACAUUAUGGCCUUCAAAGUGUUACAGGAUUUUUCUCAUAAUUAUUUAAAAAUUGUGUUUCAGAAACCAUCCACUUCUGAAAGCUCUUUUUUCCUGUGCUAUACCAGUCAUCUGGUGUAUUAACUGCUUCCAGCCCUGACAGGUCUCCAGUAAUGCUUUCUUGUAUUUGCAGCAGGUUUUUUCCUUUUGUUUUUCCUACUUGACUACCCUGCCUGGAGCAGAUCAUGUGGAGUAUAUGUCAUAUUUUCCAUGUGCAGGUUUUUCUCAUGGUAGCAAGCCAAGAGAAGAGACAAAAUAGGACAAAUGCAGUGGUGAACCAAGAGAAAUUUUCCAGCUACCUCCACAUGCAGAGCUAAUGCCGGGGGAGGCUUCCAACAGCAUGAUGGACCAUCACCAUAUCUGUCACUUCUCAGUGUCACACUACCCACCACAUGUGUCUCCAACAUUCAAUCUGACACACGUAUAUCAGCAAAUUGAUCCCUACUGAGUGACCUGUAGUGUGUUCAUGAGCCAGUUGGGCAAUAUGAAUGACAUACAGGAAACUAAAGUCUGGCUUGUGAGUUUAGCUUCAUGUUCUCCAGUUCCUAUUCUCUAACUGCAUGCAUUACGAUCUUAAAAACAUGUUAGGACCAUAAAUUAAACUGAAAAAAGCCGAAGCUUUUGGAACUUAAGGGAAAAUCAAAGUUAAUCUGAAGGCUCCAGACUUUAUAUGUUAUACAAUAAUAUAUAAUCAUAUUUUUAAGAGAAGAUCUACAUCUUUUAAGAGUAGUUUAAUGCAUCUCUUUUUAAUUAGGAUAUUAGGAUAUUAGCAAAUGCUGCCAUAUGACCUCUGCUGUAAAACAGCAGAUUCGCCUAGAGACAUCUUAGCAGGAGAUAAGAAUCUGGUUUACAAUUUUAACAAAGAGUAUUCUUUAACCUAAUAUGUGGACUCCACAAGAUUUCAAUAAGGGUAUGUAAGCUUCAUUAGAAUUAUAUCAUCCCAAUAUCCACACUUUUGCUUGAAAAGGUAAUGGGUAAAAAGGAAACAAUGGUUAUAUGUAAAGUUUGUCAUUAGUAUAAAUGCAAUCUUAACAGUCUAAUUAGAGAGUUAGUCAACAUCUAACUAUAACAGAAAAGAAAACAAGGAACAUAAAGAAAAGGAUACAACCAUAUUAAAAAAAAUCAAACCAAACCAAACAAAUAAACACCCUCCUCUCAGUAAUAAUACAGUUAGAGUUGCAUCAUAUAUUUCCUAGCUGUUAACCCUUUUCGUGGUGGUAUUCUUACCCUUCUGCUGUCCCUCAGAAUCCUUCCAUCUGUUAGGGUAGCAUAUGGUGAAUCAUUAGCAUCACAACUCCUUGACUGAGAAGACUAUGAUGCUGACAUUGUUGGUUUGUUCUUCACUCUAGGAUCUGCUGGGAUCAUUUUUAUUUGUUUGCUAAUACUCUUUUAGAUCUUUUUUUUUCCCUUCAUCCAUCUGCAAGUCCACAUGACAUCCGAAUUUGUUACACAUGGUGCAUUUGUAAUACCCCUAAAACCAGUUUUGUCCAGGUCUGCAUUUCUUUAACUAACUGCUGAACUGCUGGCAAGUUAUUCAUAGCCGUGGGCUUUCCACUGCCAGCCUGUGCGUCAUCUCUUAUCAUCCUAUGCCUGUAUUCCUCUCUGCAUCCUGUGCCUCCUCUUCUCAAGGCCUUUGCUGUCCUACUGGGCCUGUAUUCCUCUUUGUUGACUCAUUGUAGUAGAGUCACAAUAUCUCAUUCAUAUAUAUGUAUGUUCUGUAUACAGAACAGCUGCUUAUUACAACUGUAUAUAAAACUAUGGUUAUAUCAUAAGAAGAUAGGUCGUAUUGAAAUCAAUUAAGCACAUCAUUUGGUUAUGAGAGAAAAAUACUGUUACAGCUAAACCAUGUCAAAGAAAAGUUCCAGGCAGAUCAAGAGAGGGUCAGAGAAAGUAAGCCUCACCAGCCGUAGUCAUGAGGCCUCAUAAACUCAGUAUAAGUGCUGUUGCUGGCAAUGGAAAUACUGCAUUACUGAACUAUAAUCUAGGACAGAUAGUAAAUGUGUUAGAAGUGCUGUAACAGAGUCCUUGUACAUCCUCUUUAAUCUAAUUCAGAGACUAGUACCUGAACUAUUAUAAGAAAGAAAUCUGUUUAAUAACAAAAAACAUUAUCUCAGCUGUAGGACUACAACUGAGUGGCUUAAAGUGUUUAAAGAUAUAAUUAAAAAUGUGGUUUAAAUUUUUUUUUUUUUUUAGUUUUCUACUACUACCUCUCUACAAUUUAAGGUUUAUUAUUUAGUCUAAAUAAAGACAUUUUGGACAGAGACUGUACUGUGGAAAACCAUGCCAAAAUAGGAAAUAGUUUCUGCAGUGAUUCAGCAAUCUUAACUUAGACAGGAAAAAUCUGUUUCUGAGAAAUCUUUACAAGCUGUCAAUUCCACUUUAGAAGACACUGCCCUUCUCGGUGUGAUAGUUGGCUUCUCUAAUGAGAUUACAUUUCUUGUAAGAGUUUCCUCAAGUCUUGUUCUUACCCUCUGGCUUUUUUUUUUUUAUUCUGAAUAGAGUCUGAAACUUUAACUUUGGCAACACUUAAAUUAAUUGAUUAAUUAAGUGUUGUAUUGAGCUAUCAGCCUCUAAGUUUAAAAUUCAGUGAAUCAUUACUUGUUCUUAACAGGGUAGAUACUCCAGAUCACUCAAUACUUAUCUAAGAAGAAGAGCUUCAUUUGGUUGUAUUUUAUAUGCUAAUCCCUCACUCAUGUGAGGAUCUGAAAUCCAGCUGAAAGUCAAAUGCAAUAUUAAACAGAUAUUAAAAGCAGUUCUAUCACAUUUUAAAUGGGAUGUUUUACCGCAUGUCUGUUGUGUAGGGAAUCUUCCAUGUUUUUAUUACUUAAAAAGAAUUCUUAGUAGACUCCUAAAAGGAUACAGCCUGGUUCCCAUUACUUAAAUCAAAGAUAUCCAGGAUGAUAAGAUUUCUCCUUCUCUUUUUCGAAAGGCAAUAUUUCCCUUAUCUCUUUCUUUUUUGGUGGGCAUCUAAUUAUAUCUUGUCUCUCUUACUGUAUCAACUGUGCCUACUUGAUGUAUUUGUAAAUUUACAGCAGAAUAAUAGACUUUGUUUUAAACUGAUGGUUGUCGAGUGGUUGAAAGCAAAUAACAUUUACAACAAUUAAAAAUCUUCCUUGCUUACAGAAGGAAAACCGAUAGUCUUAAAAGAAAACAUUUUCUAUAUUAUUAUUUCAUUAUUGUUACACAGACUUUUUUCUGCUAAACAAAAGAUCACUGAAUAGAUGGUGUUGCAAUGAAUAAACCUUCAUAAUAACUGUUUUCUGUUAAAUUUUCAAACAGCUAACAUACUGAAGGCAUAUUUUUACUUCAGCCUUAAAUUCCUAAUGUUGAAUUUGAAAAAAAUAAACAAAAUGCCAAUAUAAUUUGUUAGCAAAGCCUAUCUGUGUUGCUUUCAUUCCUUGAAUGAUCAAAUGAAACAAUAUGAAGUUGUUUUCAAAACAGAUUUUUAAUAUAGCAAAAACAAGCUCCUGAACAUGCUGCUUUGCCUCUGAUCGUUGCUAAGCCAGAUAUCUUCCCUAUGCUUUUUCUCUUUUAUUCUUGAAUGUGACUUGGUUUUCAAGUGCAACCCAAAAAAAAAAGGUUUUUUUAAGAUGGGAGAAUUCUGUGUUCAACUAGUGGAAGAAAGUAUUGUAGUCACACCUCUGUGUCCUUCCCAUCCCUCUAAAUAUUACUAUAAACAGUAUUAGACCAUUUUGUCAAUUUAUUUGACAAGGAUUUUUUUCAGUUUAUUUUCUAAAGCUUUACUUAGUCUUAAGCAUUUCUUGGCCGUGUUACAGCAUCUAAAUGUUAGCUGGUUUAACUGUUUUAUUUUCUCAAAGAAAAAAUCUGUUUAUUAGCAACAUUUUCCUCUAUACUUCUGUGAUUUCCCUUCUGCUUACUGUUCAGUUUAUAUGUGGAAGAUGUGGUAUUCCAAAUACAGAGAAUUACAAGUCUGUAUCUCUUUUCAUGCUUCUGUUCUUUCCUCUUCUUCCUUCUCCUUUGUGGCUUCUUCUAAUUAAUUCUAAUUCUGUAGAAUAUUUAAGAGAAUAUAUUACAGAAUUCUCCCUCCAAAUAUACUCUAAGCUGCUGAAAAUUACAAGUUCCUAGCCAGAGUUCUCCCUCCACAAUAAAAUUGUUGAAUGGUGAAGUAAUGAAAGUGACCUGCAAUGAAUUUAUUUCAUAUGUCCGAUAUCCUUCUCUAUUUUUAUUUCCUCUCCUUUUUCACAUAAGUUUCCACUGUGUCCCUUCUUUGGUUUAGGGCCCAACUCUCGUGCAAUACCUCUGUUGUGCCUGCACAGCACUUUGAGCUCCUUCCACAUGACCUGCCAUCAUUUAAAUACGGAGUUAGCUGUGUGACAUACAAAAGAUGCUGUAAGUGACUGAAAGAGAGCAGUGUUGUAGUGACAAACCAGUGCAGGGCUGUGCAUUGCCCAGCUGAUUGUGCUCUAAGAAUGGGCAUUUGGAGGCUCUGCAAUCUACCAAUUUUCACACAUUUUUGAGCGUUUGUCUCUCUCUGUGACUUUUUAUACUUCUACUUGCUUAAAAAAAACCCAAUAAAUCAGAAGAAAAACAAACAAGGCCAAAUCACAAACAACCCAUACAGGAAACAAAAUGUUUGUUUUCUAAAGAAAGCAAUAAAAAAAUGGUGAUCCUGCAAGGAAGUUAUCUGAGGAAUAAUAGUAGAUCAGCUGAAUAGGGAACAAAAGGGAAUUGCUAUGAUAAAAGAUCAAGAAAAUCAAGCAAGUUGAAUUUAUAGCCGUUUAACAGCAGCACCAUGUACUAGAAAGGAAAGUGUGAUUGCACAAAUGUCACUUAGGGAUGAAUUCUAAAUUUAAAACCAGGAAAUGUAAGAAGAGUGAAAGUAGCAAACAGUAUUGGAGGUAGUAAUUCACCCCUUGCAUCAGCUUGUUCUUUUAAAACAUUAACAGAUGGACAGUUUUUAUGAAAGCCUUUUUGCAUUUAAGAAGACAUUUUGCAAAGUAACAUUAUAGCCUAUAUUUUGGCCUAAUUUAAGCAAAACAAAUUUGCCCCAAAUGGUAAGAUUUAAGUGUAGGUUUGAACAAACCCAUGGUUUGAGGGGUCUCUCAACAGUAGGUUUGAUUUGAGGCUAUGCUGAAAGCCUCUUUAUUAUACUAUGGUGUGUAGCGGAGCAUUGAAUGCAAAGCCAUUUUCUGUACUUAAGGUUAUGUGUAUAUUUCUGGAUUUUAUUUAUUCAGUAACAGCACUUCUAGAGAAACACAAACAAAUCAUUAUGUUAAAUUUUCAAAAUUUUACAUAUUUUCUGAGGAACAAAAUUUAAGUUUAUAUCUGCCAUACUACAUCAGGAUUGGUUUUGCAAUAUGUGGUUCUGCCUUUGUAGAAAGAGCUAAAUCUUAGAACAGACUUCUGUUCCUGAAUGAGUUUCCUUUCAUUGAUGAUGAGUAUAUCUGACAAAAGACGGUUUGGGAGUCCAUUCUCUUUUCUACAAACCGUGUUUAUAACCCCUUUACAUCUGUAACAGGUUUUCAAAAUAUGAAUGUGUACAAUUUGUGAUGCAGCUUGACAGCAUAAUUUCCAGAGACCGUGUGUAGAUUCAUUAACCUGUUAAUUGCCUUAAAGACUUGACUCCCAAAAAUUUUGCAUCUUAAAGUAGCUUUCAAGCAUUAAGGUUAACCUUAUACUCUCUACUUCAAAGGAAUUCUUGAAACUAUUCCAGUUGUCCUGCUUCUUCUACAUCCUUUGGCCUGGUCUUUGAACAUGUUUCAUUGCAUCAAGUGUAAUGUGGAUUUUAAAUCACCAUAUACUGCUCCGAAUGUUUGGAGUUACUCCUUUAAUCUACUGCUACUUCACAAAAAAUAUCCAUUGUGAA